GGCCGACGGGUUGAUCGGUCGCGGGACGCCCCCCGCGCUGAGCGCCCCGGGCCCGCGCCCGCCCGCCUCGACGCUCCCGGGCCGACCCUGCGCCACCAUGUAAAGGGCAUCGCCGGCUUCUGCGCCCGGGACCCCCUUCGCCCGCCCUGCCUCGGGCCCCGGGGCCCUCAAUGAGGCCUCAGGGUGCACAUCUGUGAGACACCACUGCAUACCCUGGUCUAGGGGGUCCUGACCUUUAUCCUUAACUGACUGUCCCAGGCUUCUGAGCCUGGCCUGUGGCUCCUUGUGUUAUGUGCUGUCUGAGCCACCCGCUGAGGCCCUCAGUGUUGGACAUUGAGAGGCCCAAGAGGGAUGAAUGGGACACACAAUGCUGACGGGGGUGACCGACGGGAUCCUGUGCUGCUUGCUCGGGGCGCCCCCCAACGCCGUGGGGCCGCUGGAGAGCGUCGAGUGCAGCGAUGGCUACUCGUUCGUGGAGGUGAAGCCGGGCCGUGUGCUGCGGGUGAAACACGCGGGCCCGGCGCCCACGCCCAGCCCCGCGCCCUCCGCCGCCGGGCCCGACGAGAGCGCACCGACCUCGCCACCGCCACCGCCCGGGGAGCGUGCGGGCCUGGUGCGCUGCCAGCGCCGCAUCACCGUGUACCGCAACGGGCGCCUGCUGGUGGAGAACCUGGGCCGGGCCCCGCGGGCCGACCUGCUGCAGGGCCAUAACGGCUCGGGGGAGCCCCCGGCGGCGCUGGAGGUGGAGCUGGCUGACCCCGCGGCCAGCCGAGAGGGGCGACCCGGCUCGGGCAGCUCGGGGCCGGGUGGGCGACGGCGGCGCGCACGGAGGCCCAAGCGCACCAUCCACAUUGACUGCGAGAAGCGCAUCACCAGCUGCAAGGGCGCGCAGGCCGACGUGGUCCUCUUCUUCAUCCACGGCGUGGGCGGCUCCCUGGCCAUCUGGAAGGAGCAGCUGGACUUCUUCGUGCGCCUGGGCUACGAGGUGGUGGCCCCCGACCUGGCCGGCCACGGUGCCAGCUCCGCGCCUCAGGUGGCCGCUGCCUACACCUUCUACGCGCUGGCCGAGGACAUGCGGGCCAUCUUCAAGCGCUACGCCAAGAAGAGGAACGUGCUCAUCGGUCACUCCUACGGCGUCUCCUUCUGCACCUUCCUGGCCCACGAGUACCCGGAUCUGGUGCAUAAGGUCAUCAUGAUCAAUGGCGGCGGCCCUACGGCGCUGGAGCCCAGUCUCUGCUCCAUCUUCAACAUGCCCGCCUGCGUCCUGCACUGCCUCUCGCCCUGCCUGGCCUGGAGUUUCCUCAAGGCCGGCUUCGCUCGCCAGGGGGCGAAGGAGAAGCAGCUGCUGAAGGAAGGCAACGCCUUCAACGUGUCCUCCUUCGUGCUGCGGGCCAUGAUGAGCGGCCAGUACUGGCCCGAGGGCGACGAGGUGUACCACGCCGAGCUAACCGUGCCAGUGCUCCUCGUCCACGGCAUGCACGACAAGUUUGUGCCGGUGGAGGAAGAUCAGCGCAUGGCCGAGAUCCUGCUCCUGGCCUUCCUCAAGCUCAUCGACGAGGGCAGCCACAUGGUCAUGCUGGAGUGCCCGGACAUCGUCAACACGCUGCUGCACGAAUUCCUGCUGUGGGAGCCGGAGCCCUCGCCCAGGGUCUUGCCCGAGCCCCAGGCCGCGCCUACACCUGCGCCUUCGCCUUCGCCUGGCCCGGCACAGGACCAAAAAUAGUGGCGCCUCUACCAGGUGAGCAGAGGAGCUGAGAACGGGAGCAGCGUGCGAAGAACUUCCGGGGCGGGGAAAGCCCGCCCUGGUGGGCGGAGCUG